AGAUCAGGUAUGCUGGAGGUUGGUGUUGACAGGAUCAUUUCUCAAGUUGUGGAUCCAAAGAUAAAUCACAUAUUCCGGCCUCAGGUUGAGAAAGCCGUUCAUGAGUUUUUAGCAACUUUGGAUCGGAAAGAAGAGCCUACUGCUGUGAGUCUUGUGCCGAACUCUGAGAAGUCAGAGCCAACAACUCCAGGUCUUUCGUCUAGUGGUCCGAGUACAAGCAAAGCUGAUGAUGCUCUUUCUAUUCUGGACACAAUAACCUCACUUAAUCAGGAAGCCAGUGCAGCCAGGUCUACAGUAGAAAAUGCAUCUAAUAAAAAUGGGGAAAAGAGCUCCAAGAAAAACCUUACUUCGGAAUUUAAGACUCAACAAAGUUUUGAUUUGGGAAUGGAGAAAGAUCACACUACUGAAGAAAUAGAAAAGCUUGUAUUAGAAACCAAAAUAGACGAUGGAAGGAUUUGUUCUAAGUCAGAAGGCUCAAUUAAUGUUUUGAUGCCUGAGAAGGACUUUGAGGAAAAGAAGGAAACAUCUGAGAUCAUAGAGGAAUGUGUUGAAGAUAUGAACGCAAUAAAAGACAAAAUUGAUAAGGUGGAUAAGAAGGAUGUGGUUGUUUUAAGAAGGGAUGAAUAUUUUGGACUUUCAAAAGAGGAAAGAAGAGGAAAGGGAAAAGAAUGUGAAUCUGUGAAAUACAUCACUGCAGCUCUGACUAUUAAGCAGAAAGCCAAGGAAAACUUGAAGAAAGAAUAUUCUUUGGACGAUUCUGAUUUUGAAGGCCUCAGUGACAUCACUGUUAGUUCAGUCCAUACCAGUGAUCUGUCGUCUUUUGAUGUGGAUGAUGAUGAAGAGGAGGAGGGUGAAGUUGCGGCUUCUGACAGCACUGAAGAAGACCAGGAUCAAAGUUCAGAAGAAAAAGAUACUAAAUUGGAAACAAAUGAGGAACAAAAGGAGGGCAGAGCAAAACCUGUACGACAUCCAUACGUCCAUAAACCGUUUCUGUAUUCAAAGUAUUAUAGUGAUUCGGAUGAUGAAGAAACGGUAGUUCAACGUCGACAGUCAAUCGCAAAGGAAAAAGCAGAGCGGUUACUCAGGCGGCAGUGGAACAGGGAAAGGGGAGAUGAUAAGCAUAAACAGGUGGAAACUGAUAAAGACAGACCACCAAAAGAAAGGUGCAGUGAUGAAGAAUAUCACCAAACACUGCAAAAAGGUAUUGAUAGUAAUUCGGACGUUGUGAUUAAUUCGAGGAAAAUGCAACAAUCAGCUGCCUUAAAUUCUAAAGUAAAUAAAGCAACUUUAAAAGAACAAAAAGUCUUGGAGAAAAAAGUGGCCUUAAGAAGAAAAAGAAAAGGAGAUUUAAGAACCCUAUCAGAGGAACAUGUCUUGCAUGAAGAUCGAAAAAGAAAGCGUGCACAGCCAGAAGACUUUAAAGAAAGACAGACUAAAAUGGAGAGCAAAGAGAAGGUGGUUACUUCCUCUAUUUUAAAAGAUUCCAGGAGUGCAUCAUCCUCAGAUGUGCCAUCGAAGCCUAUGAGAAGACUUUCAGAGUGCAUUCAAUCAAAUGAGAGUAGGAAUGAAGUGAAAAUAGAUCGUGAGCCUUGUCGAAAGCAGCUAAGAAGCAAUUCCUCGUCUCAAGAUUCUGAUAUGGAAGCAUUAAAAGUGUCAACAAAUAAUAAACUUAAUAACUUUGAAUCAGAAGGAAAUAUGAAUGAAAAAGAGUUAUCUAAGCAGAAAGAUGAAGGAAAGCACAUAAAAGAAAGUGAUGAGCAAGUGGUGGUGUCUAAGAGUGGUUCUGCAGACAAUAUUCAUGUAGAUGUUGAUCAGAAGCUGAGGAACCCUUCAGAGGAGAAAGCCAUUCCAAAUUGUCUUUAUAUUAUCGUGUCAAAGAGUGACAACAAAACUCCAGUUUCCUCUAAUUCUUCAGAUUCACCUGUAAUUGAACAGAGUCAAGAUGUUAAGCCAAAAGACCACUCAAAAGUGAAGGAAGAGAAAGGUGAUGAAAAAGGGAAAGAAAAAAGACGUGAUUCUGAAAGCUUUUUGUCAAAAUCCAGGGACAAUAUACAAGAAGACACAAAAGGCCAUGAGAAGAACAAAGAAAAGAGGAAUGAAGCUGAAAUUAUUCGACCAAAAUUCAAAGAAAACUCUCAAGAAGACAUUAAUGCCAGUGAAAAGGUGAAAGAGAAACAGAAUAAUUCUGAAAACCCUUAUACCAAAUUCCAGGGAAACAUGCAUGAAUAUGCUAAAAGCCAUGAAAAAAGCAAAGAAAAGAAAAAUGAAGUUGAGCAGAGUCGAGCAAAAUUUAAAGAAAUUGUGCAAGAUGAUAAAGGCAAGGAAAAGAGAAAUGAUUCUGAACGCUCUCGGUCUCGAUCUAAGGAAAGUGUGCAGGAAGAUGUGAAACGCAAAGAGCGGAGAAGUGAUUCUAGAAGCUCUUGGUCAAAAUCCAGAGAGAGAGUGCAGGAAGAUUCAAGAAGUCAUGAGAAAGUGAAAGAGAUUCAAGCUAUAUCUGAUAGCUCUCAGUCAAAAUUAAAGGAAAAUUUUCAGGAAGAUGUGAGGAGUAAAGAGAAAAGAAAGAAUUCUGAAGAUGCACGAUUGAGGUCCAAGGAGGAUUUGCAUGGUGAUAGGCGCAACGAGAAAAGACUAGAAAGGAGACACAAUUCUGAAAGCUCUCAAUCAAAAUUGAAGGAAAUAGUUGAAAGUUCUCGUUCAAAAUCGAAGGACACUGUUGAAAGCACAAAGUCAAGACCCAAGGACUGCAGUGAAAGCUGUCAGUCAAAAUCCAAAGACAGUACUGAAACUUCACGAUCUAAAUCCAAGGAUAGCAUUGAAAGCUCACGUUCAAAGUCAAAGGAUGCUGUUGAAAGCUUAAAGUCAAAAUCUAAGGACAGCAUUGAAAGCUUACAUUCUAAAUCCAAGGAUAACGUUGAAAGCUCGAGGUCAAAACCCAGGGACAGCAUUGAAAGCUCACGGUCCAAACCCAGGGAUGGCUUUGAAAGCCCACGGUCUAAGUCCAGGGACAGCAUUGAAAGCUCAUGGUCAAAAUCAAAGGACAGUACUGAAAGUUCAGCAUCUAAAUCCAAGGACAUUACUGAAAGCUCACGAUCUAAACCGAAGGACAAUGCAGAAGGUCUGCGAUCAAAAUCCAAGGACUGCAUUGAAAGCUUUGGGUUGAAAUCCAAGGACAAUGUUGAAAACCUGCGGUCAAAAUCCAAGGGUGGCAUAGAAUACUCACGAUCAAAAUCCAUGGACAGUGCUGAAAGCUCACGGUCAAAACCCAAGGACAGUGCAGAAAGUUCAAGGUCAAAACCCAAAGACAGUGGUGAAAUCUCGAGGUCAAAGCCCAAGGACAUCACUGAAAGCUCACGUUCAAAGCCCAAGGACAGCGGUGAGAGUUCACGGUCAAAACCCAGGGACAGCUUUGAAAGCUUGCAGUCAAAAUCCAAGGAUAGCUGUGGGAGCUCACGGUCAAAGUCCAAGGAUAAUGUUGAGAGCUCGCGGUCAAAAACCAAGGACAGCAGUGAGAGUUCACGGUCAAAACUAAAGAAUAGCUGUGAAAACUCGCAUUCAAAAUCCAAGGACAGUGUUGAAAACUUGCGGUCAAAGCCCAAAGACAGCAGUGAAAUCCCACGGUCGAAAUCAAAAGACAGCACUGAAAGUUCACAGUCGAAAUCAAAAGACAGCACUGAAAGCUCACAGUCAAAAUCAAAAGACAGCAUUGAAAGCUCACAGUCAGAGUCCAAGGACCGUGUUGAAAGCUUGCGGCCAAAGUCCAAGGACAGUCGUGAAAUCUCACGGUUAAAAUCAAAAGGCAGCUCUGAAAUUUCACGGUCAGAAUCAAAAGACAGCUCUGAAAUCUUGCAGUCAAAAUCAAAAGGCAACACUGAAAUCUCGCAGUCAAAAUCAAAAGACAGCGCUGAAAGCUGGCAGUCAAAAUCAAAAGACAGCGCUGAAAGCUCACAGUCAAAAUCAAAAGGCAGCGCUGAAAGCUGGCAGUCAAAAUCCAAGGAAGUUGUUGAAAGCUCUCGAUCAAAAUCCAAGGACAGCGGUGAAAUUUCACGGUCAAAAUUCAAGGAAUAUAUUGAAUGUACUCAGAAGGGAACAGAAGAGAGACAUGCCACUGAAAAGAUUCAGUUUAAAACCAGAGAUUCAGAGACAUCACAAUUAAAACCUAAGGAAAAAUUAGAGGCAAAUGUUCAGUUUGUAAAAGCAGAUAAGAGCCAUGAUUCUGAAUCAGAAUCCAGAGAGAAAGUAUGGGAUGGUGUCCAAGACAAUGAAAAGGGAAUGGAAAAGAAACCUGAUUAUGUAAACACUUGGUCAAAAGCUACGGAUCAUUCAGAAAGCUUUCAAUCAAAAUUCAAGGAGAGUUUGCAAGAUGACAUUCAAAGCAAUAAGAAAGAAACUGAAAAAAGGCAUGAUUUGAAAAGCAUUUAUUUUGAAAAGUCCCGAUCAAGGUCCAAGGAAGACUUGCAGGAAGAUGACGUUAACAAGAAAAUGGAGAAAAUACAUGAUUUUGAAAAUAUUCAGUCAAAAUCGUGGGAAUCUUUUGAACAUUCAUGGGUAAAAUCUAAAGAGCAGUCUGAAAGCUUUCAAUCAGAAUGCGAAGAAAAUUUGCUGCAGGUUAUUCAAAACAGUGAGAAAGAAACAGAUAAAUGUCUUUCUGAGAACAUCCAACAUUUAAAAUCUGUGGAACA